AUAAUAACAACUUUUUAAAAGCACUGGUUAGUUUAAAAGCCUGAGGAGAGAAUGACUGUUAAUAUAAUUAGAUUUCCAGCUCCAGUUUCCAGCAUGAGUCCCUUCUUUGUGCUGUCUCUCCUCUUUGGCCUGAUUUUCGGACAAGCAGCAUCACUCUGUGCUCCUUCUGAGUACACAAUCCACGUGGAGAAGCGGGAAUGUGCCUAUUGCCUGGCCAUCAACACCACCAUCUGUGCUGGAUUCUGCAUGACUCGGGACAGCAAUGGCAAGAAGCUGCUGCUCAAGAGUGCUCUGUCGCAGAACGUGUGCACGUACAAGGAGAUGCUGUACAGGACAGCGCUGAUCCCGGGCUGCCCUCACCACACCAUCCCCUACUACUCCUACCCCGUGGCUCUGAGCUGCAAGUGUGGCAAGUGCAACACUGACUACAGUGACUGUGUCCGUGAGAGGGUCAGGACAAACUACUGCACCAAGCCACAGAAGCUCUGUAACCUGUAAAGCUGUCAGUGGGAUGGGGUGAAAUGUACUGCUCUGCUCACACCUCAAAGAAAUAAAACUGUUCAUAUUCGGUUUGCAACCUGCUGUGCACAAAGAUUUAUUCUGAAGGGGUAUUGUUGGUUGUUUCAAUUAAUUUGGUGUACUGAGACAAGGAGAAAUGAAUGAUAAAGGCUGUAUGGUUGUACUGAGAACCCACAUGAAUUCACUUUGCAGAUGGAGGAGACAGAACUGUGUGGAUGUAUCAGCCUUU